CCGGUCUCACUGCAAGCCACGCCUGGCCCAGCCCCGUCCCGCCUUGAGCCUUGGUGUCCCCACCUAGGGGCGGGCAGCCAGGGGCACUUCCGCUGGCCCAAGUGAUCUGCAUGUGGCAGGGCUGCGCAGUGGAGCGGCCAGCAGGCAGGAUGACGAGCCAGACCCCUCUGCCCCAGUCCCCCCGGCCCAGGCGGCCGACGAUGUCUACUGUUGUGGAGCUGAAUGUGGGGGGUGAGUUCCACACCACCACCCUGGGUACCCUGAGGAAAUUUCCGGGCUCAAAGCUGGCAGAGAUGUUCUCUAGCUUAGCCAAGGCCUCCACAGACUCGGAGGGCCGCUUCUUCAUCGACCGCCCCAGCACCUAUUUCAGACCCAUCCUGGACUACCUGCGCACUGGGCAAGUGCCCACACAGCACAUCCCUGAAGUGUACCGUGAGGCUCAGUUCUACGAAAUCAAGCCUUUGGUCAAGCUGCUGGAGGACAUGCCGCAGAUCUUUGGUGAGCAGGUGUCUCGGAAGCAGUUUUUGCUGCAAGUGCCGGGCUACAGCGAGAACCUGGAGCUCAUGGUGCGCCUGGCGCGUGCAGAGGCCAUAACAGCACGGAAGUCCAGCGUGCUUGUGUGCCUGGUGGAAACUGAGGAGCAGGAUGCAUAUUAUUCAGAGGUCCUGUGUUUUCUGCAGGAUAAGAAGAUGUUUAAGUCCGUUGUCAAGUUUGGGCCCUGGAAGGCGGUCCUAGACAGCAGCGACCUCAUGCACUGCCUGGAGAUGGACAUUAAGGCCCAGGGGUACAAGGUAUUCUCCGAGUUCUACCUGAUGUACCCCACCAAAAGAAACGAAUUCCAUUUUAACAUUUAUUCGUUCACCUUCACCUGGUGGUGAUCCUCAGGAGCAGAGACUGUUAUGAAUUCUGGCAUGGCUUAUGAAAUUAAAAGUUGCCAUCAAAGCCAUUUUCUUUUAAUUUCACAAACAUCAGGCAAUUUCCAGGGUUGGUCUAGAGCCUUGCCACUAAAUACUGAUCUCUCAUUUAAGGACUUUCCACUCCAUUGCAACUGACGCCACUAUGUUUGCCUAGCAACUUGCAGCUACUUCCUCUUCAAAGCCUCAUAUAUCUCCCAGACCCUUCUCUUGAAGUCCAAUAACAAGGCCAAGUAAGAAUGUUUCAACAAUGCGUUGGCAAGAGAUGUGAGAUGACAACAGGAACAUACGAGAUACUGUGAAUCUAGAUGUUCUGACCUAAAGACGUAGUCUACAUAGCCCCAGCUUGGGGUCCAAUCCAUCUAUCUCUGGCAUGUGCCUUCAUGUAGUGGGUGCUUUCCUGAUCCCCUUUGCGAGAUGCUGUGGGUGCUAAAACCUCAGAGCUGUCCUCUUCUCUAGAGUGGA